CCUAUCAGCAGCAAGGUGGAGUACAAUUCAAUACACACAUUUAGUCCCUCUUCACCUCACCCUCCGACGACGACGACGACGCAGCGACAAUGCCCCUCCCAGAAUCCCUUCCAGAUUGGGACGACCUCCCCCCCGUACCCGGCAUGCCAGAAGGCACUGCCUGGCCCGUAUGGGGCCCCGACGACCAACUGGGUGCACUCAACCUCCUCACAUCGGAGAACACCCUCCUCGCGAUCCAGGAAGUAAAGUCUGGGAAAAGGGUGCAGCUCGAUUGGAGCUUGGACAAGCCGAAGUGGCCCAGUUUUGAUAGGAGGCAGUUUGGACAUAGAGUCAUGUUCAAGCCGGGCAGUGCGCAGGAUGAGGUCCACUAUAAUACCCAGAGCUCGACGCAGUGGGAUGGGUUCAAACAUAUCGCAGACCCGGGAACGAGAGAGUUCUACCAAGGACUCCCGAUGGACGACGUCAUCUCUGAAAAGGACACGUUAAGGAACGGGAUCCAUCACUGGGUCGAAGCAGGCGGAAUCGCAGGCCGCGGAGUCUUGCUCGACUGGUACCGCUGGCACGCCCUUACCCGCCCUGGUGUCCCCCACCCCGUACCCGUGACGUCCCACGGGAUUCCCGUCUCGGAACUCGAUGCCGUCGCUGCGUUCCAACACACCGAGCUCCGCCGGGGGGACAUCCUCAUCGUCCGCAGCGGGUUUACAAAGUGGUACAACGAGGCCGAGGAGGAGGCGCGUAUGCGCGGAGUGGCACAUAAUGGGUUCCAUUUUAUCGGUGUCAGGCCGGGGAGGGAGACCAAGAUGUGGAUAUGGAACCAUCAUUUUGCUGCUGUGGCGGGUGAUACCGUCGCUUUCGAACAAUUCCCGAUCACAGACCGCUCCCAAUGCCUACACAACUACCUCCUCCCGCUCGCCGGCAUCCCGAUCGGAGAACUCUUCAACCUGGAAGAACUUGCAAAGGCGUGUGAGGAAGAAGCUAGGUGGAGCUUCUUCUUUACUAGUGCGCCGUUAAACGUCCCUGGGGGGGUGGCGAGUAGCCCGAAUGCUAUUGCCGUACUUUAGGGGCGGGGACCGGGGCGGGGGUUGGGAAGGGAGGGGAGGGGAUGCGCCGGUAACGUGAAAGGAACAUGAGGAAUUUACGCGACGGACGAACAUAUCAGUACCAGUACUGUGGUUACCAAUUGAACAAUUGAUUGGCAAGUCUUACCC